AUGAAUUCAUCUGUAUGGUAUGAUGACGUCUUCAAUGACAACGAUAAUAUCAAAGCAUAUACCAACUACUAUUUAAAACAUCACAAUCUGCGUCGUCGAUCGUCAAAGUUACAUCGUCAUGAUUCAUUACGACGAAGCAUGUCAUCAGAAGACUUAACAAACUUAGACGAACAUGAAAAUAAAAGUAAAUUGUCUGUUGCAAAAACAAUCAAAGAAGGAUCAUCACUUAAUUCUCUCGUUCUCCAAGUCAACAGAGACGCUAUUUGUGGAAAUUUACACGAAUACUGGUUUGAUCGAAAUCAACUGAGUCAGAACCUUCGUCCGUCUCUAAUAAGACUAUUAGCAGGUGAUGAUGAUAUCACGAAUGGAGAUCAAUGUAAUAAUUAUGCGACAUCUACAGAAAAUAUCAUUAAGCCUUUAUUUUUCCAUUGUAAACGAGGUGCAAAAUUUCGACGUCCUGGUAUAUGUAAAAUAAUCGAUAAAGUUCAAUAUAAUGAACAAACGCAAUUUGUCUGCGAUUUAGCAAAACUGGUCAUAAUGGAAAUAAACUUAAAAUCGCUAUAA